AUGUCCGCUCUUCGAAAGCUUGUCCUUGCGAUCCUGAUCUUAUCGCUAAUCACCUUCAUCGCGCUGUUUGGUCGACUGCCGGCUUUCAGGAGAACACCCAUGGGCUGGCUGAAUCGACUGCUUUGUCUUCACAUACCGAAUGGCUUUCGCAAAGUGGAUCGAACUCUCACCGGUGGCCAGAUCACGCGCAGGAGCCAGCGGGUCGGACAGUACCUGUUUUAUGAGAAGAAUCCCAUCGUUCUGAUAAUCUUUUUGGUUCUGCUUACAGGAAGUGCUGGGCUGUUCCUACACAACACACUGCACUUGCUUCCGCCUCAUCUCCUGGCGCCUAUUCCACCAUUUCUGAUAGCCCCAUACAUCUUCACAUACCUCACAGUCUCAUACAAAGCACACUACAUCACAGCUUCGAACCACAAGGCGAGAAGCGUGGACUACCCUUACGACCACAUCCUGUUCCGGCCCGGGAACGUGUGCAGCACUUGCAAUUUGGACAAGCCAGCACGAUCAAAGCACUGCAGCUUUUGCGGACAUUGCGUGGCCAAAUGUGACCAUCACUGUCCAUGGGUGAACAACUGUCUUGGACGAGGCAAUUACCGCUGGUUCUUGGCCUUGCUGUUCUCUCUCGGCGCAGUUGAGAUAUAUGGUGCGUACCUGAGCUGGCACAUACUUGGACCUUCUAUGCGCAUGGACAGGACUACUCCUUUGGUCAGCUGGGCACGCUUGGAGCAGAUAGGCAACGCAGUAGUGGUCGCGGUUAAUAAGGGUGGCCUUUCCAUUGCCGGUGUCGGUCUCCUUGCCGCGAGCACGGCGGGCCUUCCCCUUGGAUUGUUGGCGUAUCAUUUAUACCUGAUCUGGGCUGGCAUGACUACAAACGAGUCACAGAAAUGGUCGGAUUGGCAGGAAGACAUGGCGGACGGGUUCGUAUUCAUGGCCAAAAUCGAAGAUUUAAGGACGCAUCACCCGUUAUUCGCUUUCGACGAUGCUGACGAAGUGGUUGUACCGUGGCCGGUCAAUACUGAGCAAGUUCUGGUAAUGACGAAGGACGGCAAGCCACCGCGAGGACAAGACGGGCUGUGGAAUCGUGUCUGGAGCUUGGACGACGUCGACAAUAUUUAUGACCUUGGUGGCCUGCAGAACUUUUUGCAGGUGAUAAACGGCAAAUGA